GAUGUCAAACGGUUCGGUGGUGGUUUUCGGUUAGUCUCAGUUCUACGGCGGAACUCCUCGCGCAAAGUUGUUCUGUAAUACAUAAGAAGAAGAAUAGUGUUAUUACUGUUAUAUAGUGUUGUUUGUUACUCUUGGGCAGCCUUUUGCACUUCCAUAUACACCCGGAGUAAGAACGAGAGCUUUUUGUGUGAGGAGCUGUCGGAAGCAGAAGUAAAAAUUACAAGGUGUUUUCAAAGAUUGUUGCGGAUUGUCACGGUGCGAAAUCCGCUUGUGAAAUGUGGAACCUGGUUUCAGCUUACGCGUGCACCAAGGUUCGCUGAAAACGGUUCUGUUUUCCCCGGGGAAAAGAGCAAAACAUGAGUGCAGCCCAUUAGCACAAGUAGCCAAAAGCGGUGAAAAAAGUAGAGUAUUGGUGGAAAAAAUCGGAAGAAAAAAAGGAAGGGUGAACGGAAAAAAAUCGUGGCGAAUAUGCGUACAUAUGUAAAAGUAUUUGGGUCGUGAAUGUGGGGGAGAGUGUUUAUUUUAGCAUGUUUUGUGUUUAGAUAGUUGCAUGCAUUGGUACAAGUUAACUCGGAGUUGAAGCUUUCAAGAAGAAAAUAUAUUCUUUCCCCGAGCAGCGAGUUAUAACCGAGAACAAAUCGAACCGGUAGUUGCAAAUAGUGUUCGGUGUUCGAGCAGGGAGGGAACCCCAAAGGUGAGCAAGUUCAAGAUCAGCUGAUCGGCAUUCGCUAUCGCGUCGUUAAUUGGAUUCGAGCCGUACGUGAGAAUUGUGAAUGUUAGCUGUUUGCGGAGCAUAGGAGUUGACAUAGCAGAACUACGUUUUAGGACUACUGGCGAACGAUCGGAUUGGUUUCAUCACUGCUAUACCAUGGCAGCCGUCCUCGAUCAACUCUCCUUCGUCACUUGAAGAUGCUGUUUGGCUGCCACUGAUGUGAAACUCGUGCCAAGAAGCGAAUGUGCGGAUAUUUAUCGGAGGAAGGCACAAAACAGCGCACAGUGAACGGUCGCUGCUUAUGAAAUAUUGAGUGUACUUAGUGGCUCCCCCUUCACCCAAAGCGGGACUCGAUGUUGUGAUCUAGGUUAGGGUUAUUGUUCGCUUGUUCGAUUUUAGAAGGAAAAAAAACCACCAAGUGAAAAUGAACGACAGCACGAUGGGAUCGGUGAGCUUCCUCCACUUGGGGGACAUUGUUUCCCUAUACUCAGAGGGAAGCAUCUCUGGAUUCCUCAGCACUUUAGGAUUGGUGGAUGAUCGAGUGGUUGUAUGUCCUGGAGCGGGCGAUCUGAACGACCCACCGGAGAAAUUCCGCGAUUGUCUGAUAAAAAUAUGUCCCAUGAAUCGCUACUCGGCCCAGAAGCAAUUCUGGAAGGCGGCCAAGCAGAGCGCAACAACCAAUACGGACACCAGCUUGCUGAAACGUCUGCAUCACGCCGCAGAGAUCGAGAAAAAGCAGAACGAAUCGGAGAACAAAAAACUACUCGGCACGGUCGUCCAGUACGGUAGUGUUGUUCAACUGCUCCAUCUCAAAUCGAACAAAUAUGUGACCGUCAACAUCCGUCUGCCGGCACUGCUGGAGAAGAACGCCAUGCGGGUGUAUCUGGACGCCAAUGGGAAUGAAGGAUCGUGGUUCUACAUCAUGCCUUUCUACAAACUACGUUCGGCAGGAGAUAACGUAGUUGUGAACGACAAAGUCAUCAUGAAGCCGGUUAAUGCAAACCGCCAGAACCUUCACGUGGCGGCCAACUAUGAGCUGCCAGACAACCCGGGUAGUAAGGAAGUUAACGUACUGAACUCGUCCUCGUCGUGGAAGAUCACACUGUUCAUGGAACAUCGCGAGAAUCAAGAGGAUGUGCUGAAGGGAGGAGAUGUCGUGCGCUUGUUUCAUGCCGAACAGGAGAAGUUCCUAACGAUGGACGAGUACAAGAAGCAGCAGCAUGUUUUUCUGCGGACUACGGGGAGAACAAGUGCCACAGCUGCCACGAGCAGUAAAGCGCUUUGGGAGAUAGAAGUGGUUCAGCACGAUUCAUGUCGAGGAGGCGCUGGCCAUUGGAAUUCAUUGUUUCGAUUCAAGCAUCUAGCCACCGGUUAUUAUCUGGCAGCAGAAAUUGAUGAUGACAUAUCACGUACGGAGAAAUCGAGCAAUUCUAGUCAUCCACCUGGUGAUUCCUUCCGGUUGGUCUCAGUGCCCCACUCGACCGACAUCGCUUCGGUGUUUGAGUUGGAUUCGACAACCAUUACGCGUCCGGAAGGUCUCGUACCACAGAAUAGCUACGUUCGAAUGCGACACCUGUGUUCCAACACGUGGGUUCAUGCCACUUCAUCGCCCAUAGAUAUCGAUGAGGAUAAACCGGUGAUGUCGAAGGUUGGAUGCUCAGCCAUCAAGGAAGACAAAGAGGCUUUCCAGUUGAUUCCUGUGUCGCCUGUUGAGGUGCGUGAUUUGGAUUUUGCCAAUGACGCUUGCAAGUUGCUUCAAGCCAUGAGCACUAAGCUGGAGAGCGGUACUAUAUCACCGAACGAGCGACGAUCGUUGAUAGCAUUGCUACAGGACAUAGUGUUCUUUAUAGCCGGCCAAGAGAACGAACAGAACAAGAGCGAAGCACUUGAUCUCACAAUCAACAACCCUAAUCGAGACCGUCAGAAGCUUCUUCGGGAGCAAUAUAUUCUCAAGCAACUGUUCAAGAUCCUCCAAGGGCCAUUUCAAGAAACGAAGAACAGCGAAGGCCCUUUUCUGAAGAUCGACGAACUGGGCGAUCCCAAGAACAUGCCGUAUAAAAACAUCUUCCGACUAUGCUACCGGAUAUUGAAACUGAGUCAGCAGGACUACCGAAAGAACCAGGAAUACAUUGCGAAGCAUUUUGGACUGAUGCAGAAACAAAUUGGUUAUGAUAUUCUCGCGGAGGAUACGAUCACCGCUUUGCUGCACAACAAUCGUAAGCUGCUGGAGAAACACAUCACGGCGGCGGAGAUCGAAACGUUUGUGGGUUUGGUUCGAAAAAAUAUGAACAGCUGGCAGUCUCGCUUCUUGGACUAUCUUUCGGAUCUUUGCGUUUCCAACAAGAAAGCCAUCGCCGUAACGCAGGAGUUGAUCUGCAAGAGUGUGCUCAGCGCAAAGAAUGCCGAUAUUUUGAUCGAAACCGACUUGCGAGAAGUUGAUGAUGACCGUUUGAGUUAUGUGAGUGAACUGGAACGCGGUAAUCAUCAGUUUACGGAAAUUCGAGAGGUAGAUGAGUCUAACGAAGGGAUGGAACUGGAAAGUGAGAAGAAUGGUCAACCGAAAAAGCUGAAUGAAAAGAAACGUUACGAGGUUGUGUUGAUGUGGCAAAAUCGUACGCAAUCAAAAUCUAUGAGUCGAUUAGCGCAGGGACUAAAAAUUGGCCGAACCAAUGAUAUCGCUAUACUUGACUACUACAGGCAUCAGUUGAAUCUCUUCUCCAACAUGUGUCUCAACCGUCAGUAUUUGGCACUCAACAAUCUGUCGCCCCAUCUGGACAUUGAUCUGAUUCUACGCUGUAUGUCCGAUAAAACUGUACCCUACGAUCUGAGAGCAUCGUUCUGUCGGUUGAUGUUGCAUCUACACGUCGAUCGGGAUCCGCAAGAGCCCGUAACACCGGUGAAAUACGCCAGACUCUGGUCGGAGAUUCCAACCGUGAUGUCCAUCAAUGACUAUGACAUCGAGAAACAGGUCGACAGCAACAAGGAAGCUGUUCGGGCUCGGUUCAACAAGACGAUCGCUUUCGUGGAGGAUUAUCUCUGCAAUCAUGUGGUUUCGAAAAUGUGGUUUGCCGAUCAAGAUCAGAACAAGCUCACUUUCGAGGUGGUGAAACUUGCGCGGGAUCUCAUUUACUUCGGAUUCUACAGCUUCAGUGAUUUGCUGAGACUUACGAAAACCUUGCUCAACAUAUUGGAUUGUGUUUCCAACAGCGAUGCCGAUGGGAGCCUCCCCACAGGACACAUCGAUUCAGCAGCAACAGGCACUGAAGUCCAAAACGAGGGAGCAUCUCGGAAGGAAAAUACAGGUGAAACCGUAGUGAAAAAAUUAAAUCGUUCCGCUUCGACCGUAGCUGUGCUGGCUGCGGUUGAAGUUAGCAAAGCAAAUGAUCGCUCUGACAGCCUCACGGAGGUGGCCGGUGAGAGCCGCUUGAUGAUGCUUCGAGCGUUGAUGAAGAAAUUCUACCCAUCUGCUGCCGAAGCCGAAGGAGGCGUUUUGCGCCGGAUUGGUGACAUGGGCGCGGUCAUGACUUCUCUCACCCUCGGCCCCAUAUCGACGGCCAUCGUGUCACCCAACAUCCAGCAUCGUAAGUCCGUGUCACAAUAUUUGAAGGAAUACCCGUUGGUAAUGGACACAAAGCUCAAAAUCAUUGAAAUCCUUCAGUUCAUACUGGACGUUCGUUUGGACUAUCGGAUCAGUUGCCUGCUGUCAAUCUUCAAACGCGAGUUCGACGAGAAUGAACAAACUGCCAGCACUCAACAACAAACGCCGGUUCCCGUAUCGAGCACAACUCCCGUCGCUUCAGUCCCCGCAGCGGUUCCACUCACACAGGAGGUCUCCCUGUCAGACUCUGGUGUAGACACGUCAUCUCUUGCAUCCACAUCUACCGUGGAAACCACCCUUGAAUCAAUUAGCACCGAUGAGUCAAUAUCAACCACGGUCGCUCCACCCGAACCCAAACCGGAGGUCAAAAGUGAGCCUAAAGCUGGGCCCGCAACCACCGAAAAUAUUAACCUGCGCCAGAAGAACAUCGAUCUGGAAUCGAUUGGUCAUCAGGCGGAAGGAAUUUUCGGAUGCACUGAGGAUACCUACAAUCCGCUGGAUCUCGAUGGUCAGGGUGGACGAACGUUUUUGCGUGUCUUACUGCAUCUGAUAAUGCAUGAAUAUCCUGCCCUAGUAUCAGGAGCUCUACACCUGCUGUUCCGACACUUCAGUCAACGACAGGAGGUACUGCAUGCUUUCCGGCAGGUACAGUUGCUCGUGUCCGACAGUGACGUUGAAUCGUAUAAACAGAUCAAAUCCGAUCUAGAUGUGCUGAGGCAGAGCGUCGAGAAGUCGGAACUGUGGGUGUACAAAUCGAAACAAUCGGACGAGCUCCAGCAAACAGGCGAGGGCGGUGGUAACGGGGGAGACGGAUCGAAAGCAGAUAAAGACGACAAUGCUUCAUCUAGUGCCAAGCAGAAACCUGCACUCGUGAAACAGGAAUCUCAUCUUAACUUUGAUCAGGGGCCGGAACUGAAUCCGGAACAAGCGCAGGAGUAUAAGAAGAUACAGCAGAUUUUAAUCAGAAUGAACAAACUUUGCAUCACCACAGGUGCGGGUGAUGUGGUCAAGCCUAGGAAACACGAGCAGCGACUGCUGCGAAACGUUGGGGUUCAUACUGUGGUGCUGGAUUUGCUACAGGUUCCCUACGAUGAGAAGGAUGACUAUCGGAUGAAUGAACUGAUGCGUUUGGCGCAUGAGUUUCUCCAAAAUUUCUGCUUGGGGAACCAGCAGAAUCAAAUUCUGUUGCACAAGCAACUGGACCUAUUCCUGAAUCCGGGCAUACUGGAGGCAGAAACGGUGUGUGCUAUUUUCAAGGAUAAUCUCAACUUGUGCAACGAAGUGAGCGACAAAGUCGUUCAGCAUUUUGUUCAUUGCAUCGAAAUUCAUGGGCGGCAUGUGGAGUAUCUGAAGUUCCUCCAGACUAUCAUCAAGGCUGAGAAUCAAUUUAUUCGCAAAUGUCAGGAUAUGGUAAUGCAGGAGCUGGUGAAUGCUGGCGAAGAUGUGUUGGUGUUCUAUAAUGACAAAUCUUCCUUCAACUAUUUUGUGGAUCUGAUGAAGAACUACAGUAGUGGCGAUCUGGUUGAUUCCAGCCCGUUGAUGUAUCACAUUGAGUUGGUGAAACUUCUAGCGUGUUGUACGAUGGGAAAGAAUGUUUACACGGAGAUCAAGUGCAACAGUUUGCUGGCUUUGGACGAUAUUGUUGCGAUGAUUUCACAUCAAGAUUGUAUUCCGGAAGUGAAAGUGGCUUACGUUGAUUUUCUGUGUCACUGCUACAUAGACACCGAGGUGGAGGUGAAGGAAAUCUAUUCAUCAAACCAUAUGUGGUGUUUGUUCGAAAAAUCAUUCCUCAUCGACAUCAACAACGUGGUGAAAGGGGGGAACUUCACCAACCGUCAGCUGGAAAAUUAUGUCUGUAAUGAAAUUAUGAAUAUACUGACGACGUUUUUCAGCAGCCAGUUCUCGGAUCAAAGUACGGCUUUGCAGCCUUUGCUUAUGGAACGUGCAUCUUCCGUGGAAGAUUUGAUGAUACAACGAUUGGUGGCGGGGAAAAUGUUCCAAAUGAGGCGGAUGCUCCGUCAAAACAGUUUCGACAAUAUUGCACUACCAGUGGUCAAGAGACUUUUCUUCACACAGAAACGCCAGCUAAUCUUCGUGAAGAUUCUGCAAUCCUCCUUCAAGCUGACCCAGUGCAAAUGGCUCACACCAUCGCAGCGCUUCAACGUAGAAAACUGCAUUCGAACGCUGUCGGAGAAGGCUAAACCCCGAGGAAUAGCGAUCCCAAUCGAUCUCGAGAAUCAAGUGAUGAAAAUGUUCAACAAAACCGCGCUGCUGUCACGCCAAACCAGCAAAUGGCUGCUCGUCACGAAGCAAACCAAAAUGGAGCGCUCACAGUCGCAGAUAAUGCGAAUGGACAGAAGCAUCAUCGAGGGCCUGCAGGAUAUCGUGUCACUGCUAGAGGAUAAGCUGAAACCAUUGGUGGAGGCGGAGCAGUCGUUGUUGGUUGAUAUUUUGUACCGAUCCGAGCUGCUGUUUCCCCUCAACACAGAGUCACGAAAGAAGUGCGAGACUGGUGAUUUUAUCCGUCACUUGAUCAAACACACGGAAAAGUUGUUGGAGGAGAAAGAGGAGAAACUGUGUGUGAAAAUUUUAAAAACUUUGAAGGAAAUGAUGACCAUCGAUUGCGAUUAUGGUGAUAAGGGUGACCAUCUGAGGAACAUUCUUCUGAAGCGGUACUUUGGUGCCGAGUUCAUGCUACCUGCACCACUACAAGCAAUUGGAGAUCCCCAAAAAGGGGCUGCCCUACACGUUCCGCAGCAGGCGCCAGUCUCGCUGGCAACGAUAUCGCAUGGUCCAGGGGCGAAAUACCUUCAGCGAGCGGGUCGAACACUGCACGAGGUUCAGAAUGAUUUGGAUAAGGAAGGGGCGAGCGAUUUGGUGAUAGAAUUGGUAAUCAAAUCGAUCAAUUCCCCUUCGAUAUUUGUGGAAGCCAUCGAGCUGGGAAUAGCUUUGCUCGAGGGUGGAAAUCCGAUCAUUCAAAAGGGGAUGUACAACAAGUUUCUGAGCAAUGACUUGAGUCAAUCGUUCUUUAAAGUGUUCUUUGAUAAGAUGAAGGAUUCCCAGCAGGAGAUCAAAUCUACGGUGACGGUGAACACAUCGGAUAUGGCAGCCAGCAAAGCUAAUGAAAGCAAAGCGGAUGGUAAGGAUUUCGACAAAAUUCAGAGGAAAAACGUCAACAAAGUCAAUGGGAUAGUCAUAACGGAAGAGUUCAAGGAAGAGCUUCAAAAUGCUGCUUUGCUGACGCAACAAUCUUAUAUAAAUGCGAAAAAUCUGGCAGCUGCAUCGGAUGGUACGAACUCGGAAAAUGGCGACGAUAACGCGCUGAUGAGUAUUGGGUCUUCCGCACUGGAAGAUAUUUUGGCGGAAAAAUUGGAAAAACAUAAAGAUAAAGAUGAGAACAACAAGCUAUCGAACAAAGUUCUUGUGAUGCAACCCAUCCUGCGUUUCCUGCAGCUGCUGUGUGAAAAUCACAACCCGGAAUUACAGAACCUUUUGAGGAACCAAAACAACAAAACUAAUUAUAAUCUUGUGUCCGAAACGUUAAUGUUCCUAGAUUGCAUUUGUGGCUCGACUACAGGUGGCCUUGGACUGCUGGGUCUCUAUAUUAACGAGAACAACGUGUCGUUGAUCAAUCAAACGUUGGAAACACUAACCGAAUACUGCCAAGGUCCAUGCCAUGACAACCAAAAUUGCAUCGCAACACAUGAAUCCAACGGAUUGGACAUCAUCACUGCACUUAUCCUGAACGAUAUUAAUCCGUUGGGUAAAAAUCGAAUGGAUCUUGUUUUGGAGUUGAAAAAUAACGCCUCCAAGUUGCUUCUCGCUAUAAUGGAGUCCCGAGGGGAUAGCGAGAAUGCGGAGCGCAUUCUAGCGAAUAUGAAUCCAAAACAACUGAUAGAUGUUGCAUGUCGAGCUUACCAUCAAGAUGAGAAUAUUUUGCUUCUGCUGAAUCAAAGUGAUGGAAACGGGGAUGACAACUACAGCAUAAAACAUGACCUAGGUGAUGAUCAGAACGAUGAUGAUGAUGUUGGGGUAUCACCGAAAGAAGUCGGACACAAUAUUUACAUUUUAUGUCAUCAACUAGCGCAGCACAAUAAGGAGCUUGCCGGUUUGCUAAAGAUUGACACCUUUAGCGCUUCUACUGGUAGUAAUAACAACAACGGGGUGUCCAUAACUCCUUCGAUACCCCCAAGCCUAAGUAAAUCCACUACGAAGACAAAUCAGGCACUACUUUUUUACCAAACGCAUACAGCACAAAUCGAAAUCGUACGCCAUGAUCGAACGCUUGAGCAAAUUGUGUUUCCCAUUCCGGAGAUCUGCGAGUACCUCACCAAGGACACUAAGGUACGAGUGCUGAACACAGCGGAGCGUGAUGACCAGGGCAGUAAGGUAGCUGAUUUCUUCGAUCGUCAUGAGGCAAUGUUUAACGAGAUGAAGUGGCAGAAGAAGCUGCGCGGACAGCCGGCCCUGUUCUGGGUCAGUAGUUACAUGUCCCUCUGGAGUAACAUCCUGUUCAAUCUCGCCGUGCUGAUUAACCUGAUUGUGGCGUUUUUCUAUCCCUUCGAGAAUGGAGUGCCAGAACUCAGCUUUCAUUUAUCGUCCCUGAUAUGGAUCGUUAUACUCGUUGCAUUGGCCAUUAUAAUAACACUCCCGCGUCAGUCCGGUAUACGGACGUUUAUCGUGGCGUUGAUAUUACGGUUGAUAUUCUCUUGUGGACCAGAACCCACCAUUUGGCUGCUUGGCUGUGCAACCGUCGUCAUGAAGGGAGUACACAUUAUAAGUCUCAUGGGUAACUAUGGCACCCUGGAGAAACAUCUCUUCUCGAUCAUCACGGAUGUGGAGUUGCUGUACCAUUUUGGAUAUUUAUCGUUUUGUGUAUUCGGUGUACUGUUGCAUCCAUUCUUCUUCUCUGUAUUGCUCUUCGAUGUGGUUUAUCGCGAGGAAACCCUGCUCAACGUGAUACGCUCCGUAACACGCAAUGGUCGAUCCAUCAUUUUAACCGCUGUCCUGGCCCUGAUUUUGGUGUACAUGUUCUCCAUCAUCGGAUACAUGUUCUUCCGGGAUGACUUUCUGGUUCCGGUGGAUGAAGAGUACGUUGCGCCGGGAACGGAAACAAUUUCCUGUGUUGAGCCUCGGCGCAGUCAGAUGCUUUCGGAAGGUGCAACCGCCGAACUUGACGAACCGUUCUGUGCUAGGCCGGCAGGGCAAUCUGAAGGUGGCGACGAGAUGAAAGAACGUGGCUGUGAUUCGAUGGUUAUGUGUAUAAUCACGACGCUUAAUCAAGGACUCCGCAAUGGAGGUGGAAUCGGUGAUAUUCUGCGAGCCCCCAGUCGCAAAGAAACACUCUUUGUGCCACGAGUAAUUUACGAUUUGCUGUUCUUCUUCAUUGUCAUCAUUAUUGUGCUGAAUUUGAUCUUUGGUGUCAUUAUUGACACUUUUGCCGAUCUGAGAAGCGAGAAGCAGCAAAAGGAACUGAUCCUCAAAAACACCUGUUUCGUGUGUGGACUAAAUAGGUCCGCGUUCGACAACAAAACGGUUAGCUUUGAGGAGCACAUCAAAAACGAGCAUAACAUGUGGCACUAUCUAUACUUCAUCGUGCUGGUCAAGGUGAAGGACCCAACAGAGUUUACGGGGCCCGAGAGUUAUGUGCAUGCAAUGGUUAAGGCCAACAUACAGGACUGGUUCCCGAGGCUACGAGCAAUGUCGCUGGCAGCUGUAGAUGGAGACGGAGAGCAAAUAGAGCUUCGAAGUCUCAAGAAUCUGUUGGAGACAAAUCAUAUUGCCGUACGUGAGUUGACCGCUCAAAUCAUGGAACUGGAGAACAAGAUGACCGAGCAGCGAAAGCAACGCCAGCGUCACGCACUUCUGAAUCCCACCACAUCGACAUCCUAUCAAUUCUAUCCACAACUUUGAUAUUCGACCUCCGAGUUUCUUCAAGAGAAGAAGUGAAACUUGCAACAAUUCGAAUGGUAACAAUUAUUCACGUCACAACUAUUGUUCGGGUGAUAAUCGGCUGUCACGUGGUGUUUAAAAGUUAUCGAAAGUUUACCGCACGUGUUUAUGUACAUUUUGAUAAUAUGAAUUUGCACGUUGUUUGAAGAACAUAGCAUCAUAUUGUGUUUUGGAAAAAGCUCAAAUUUAUGUCAUAAAAGAUUCUCCAUGGAUCACAAGACAGUAAACAAUGAAUCGUUAGACAACCGUUGAUAGAAUGUAUAUUACUGUAUGUUGAAUGCACCUUGUGUAACGCUCAUAAACAGUGAUUGGCACUGUUGUUUUUAUUAUCCUUUGAUUGGAAAUCUUUUGCAACAGGUAUCUCGAAAUAAUUAAAUGCAUUCUGUGUACAAUUGUGAUAAAUAUCCAUGAAGUAUUUGUCGCAGCUUAAAUAGGCUCAUCUAUAAAAUCUCGUUGAAGAAGGCACUGGUGAAUGACCGCAACACAGUGAAGAAUUUACUUAAAACAAUAUUCUAAAAUGUAACUGAAUAGUAUAACUUUAAUCCACAUCUUCAAAAUUUCACUAAUAACUUUUUCAACAUUAGAGACUGUAUCCUACCAACGAUUUUUGAAAAAAAAAAUCCUUCUUACUCUAGCUGCUCUGACAUUCAUUUCCUCUAAUAAUCUUCAAGGUGCCAUCCACCUUGCCAAUGACAAUACUUACUGAUAAAGUAAUUCUAUACAUGCUGUCUCAAUCUUUAAUAGCAUUCCUAACACAGCAAAUCUCUUCAUGUGAUAUACUUUUCUCUAUACUCCCAUUUCAUAUUAUUUAAGCACAAACAACGAUCGAAAAUUUUAGUAGCUUUCCGCAUUUACGUUAUUCUUGUUCAACUGCAGUCCUUUCUAAGAUAAAAUUCGAAAGGUUAUAAUAUAAGUAAAAUAUUAUCUCCUGUAAUGUUAUUUCUAGUGAAAAAAUCUAAGAAAACUAAAAUGAUACUGUAGUGUCUAAGCGAUUGGACAGUUUAUACCCUCGAAAAUCGAUAGCAUUGAAAUUAUGCUGACAGAAUGUUGUUACUGCUAUUACAUCAUCGUUCGUUAAAAUAUUGAAUUCUCUGUUUUCAAUGUGCAGAGCUAACAGCUCUACGCUAUCUUAAUGAGAAGUUAUCUGAAUGAGACGUUCGAACAAUUGGAAGUCCUAAUAAAUGGUGAUAUAAUUGA